AGAAGGAAGAGACCGAAAGGUCCUCACCAGAGUGGACCCCUCAGCAUGGGGAGAGGAAAGGGUGACCCGCAUGGAGAACGAUCACAACUGAUCUGGAUAGUCUUGCUAUGGACAGAGUGAAAUGGAGGUCUGCUGCUUCUGUCCAAUGCUGGCGAAAUAAGGACAAGCGAUAGAAAAUGGAUGGAUGGAUGAUAUUGAAACCUGCAAUCUGCCCAAAGUUUUCCGCAUCGUUGGAAUCUUAAACACUUUCCAACAUGCCAGUUUACAACAGAUUGGCUUUAAUGGCCACCACCAGGAGGUAUUUGUGAACAAAAAUGGAUGCAAUGGCCGCCACGCUCCUGAGACAACAGCUUCCUUGGACAACACAACAUGGAUUUUCACCCAUUGUUUGUGUUUCAUGGCUUCUCCACUGAGCUAACCCUGGAGCGUACGGCGGAGGCAACCAAGGUGGGGAAAAAUAAGUCAUCGGUGGCCUGCGCGGUGCAAAAAGGCGAGGAGGUGAAAGAGGAAGCCCGGGCACGCAUCCGCCAGUCUGGAGGAGACCCCGGAUGCGCCAAGCUGGUGCUCAGUGAGAGCAAGCUCCAGUUUGGGCAGUACCGGGGUCAAACCUUCAAGUGGCUGCUGGGGAAUGACGUGGGGUACGCCUGCAGCAUCGUGGUGUUGCACCAGAAGGAGCGUGACAGCGGAGACACUUCCCAGUCACCCCUCGCGGUCAACAAGACCGCACUGGCAUCAUACGCGCGACUCUUUCCGGACAUGGUCGCCGCCCUGCGCUCUCAAGCCGCGCUCAUGGGGGAGAUGCCCGUCAAGGAGCUGGAUGGGAGAGCAGUGGGUUUUGGGGCUCAUGCCAAAAGGACAUACUCCGCUCUGUACGAAUCCCCCUACGGCGACGAUCAAUCCUACUUGCAAUGGCUACGAGGCAAGCGGACCAAACCGGGUUCCACGAUGCACGCCUUCCAGCGUUACGUGUUGAAGCGUGACAAGGAUGCGCAAACGCAGACUGCGCCCGGACCCGACGCCUCAGGUAAAUGCUCUCCCCAGGUUUGCUUGACUUUUACAGAAGAGGAGCCCACUGAUGCCAUGCUCCUGGAGCCCACUGAUGCCACCACUGAUGCCAUGCUCCUGGAGCCCACUGAUGCCAUGCUCCUUGAAGCGGCCAUGGAGGCGGAAUCUCAGCCUUCUACCUCGCAGACGCCGAUGAGGACGCCGCUGGAAGCAGGCCCUUCCCGCCUUACAGCUCCCAUCGCCGGAGACGGUGCUGCGUCGCCCCUGAGUUCAGGCGCCGAGUUGCUGCCCAAGUCCUGGCGACAGACGCUGCCGGAGGACCAGCACGACUGGGUGGGCCGUGCGCUUUUUGUCCGAGGUCCCAAGGGGAAAGCGGUACUCAAGUCCGGGCUGCAGCUAUGGUGGCAACCUCCUAAGAAGUUGCCGUAUUACACGCAGCCCCCCGCCUCGUCCGCUGUGUUUUUUCACUCCCGCUUUUUCCUGUGGUGCCCGUACAAGCUAUGGGGCUGCAAGCUGGAGUGCCCAAAAUGCAGGCGCAAGCUGACAGGUUGUGGACUGUACAAGACCCUGAGAAGGGUCCUGGACCUCAGCGACUGGUACUACAUGGCCACAGAGUACCUGGAGUGCCACGCGUGCCACAAGAAGUAUGCCGCGUGGGCCAGCAACAUCAUCGGGCAGCUGAGCACGGCAAACCAGGCAGAGUUCCCGGCCAUCCUCACCUACAAGUCAUCUUGUGACAAGAAGGUCAUCCAGCAGAUGCAGGCUCGCACGCUGGGCAACAGUGCCACUCGUCUUCGCUCCAACUUAAUAAUGGCGCACUCGCAAGAGUGGCAGACUCGGGCCAUCGGCUACCUGGAGGUGAUGGAUCGCUUUUGCGCUGUCGGCUCCUCCUUGCUGCCGGAGGCCUGUAUCCCGCCCAUGCGCCCGCUACCGAGCGUUUCCUGGCUGCUGUCAGUGUACGUGAGGGAGGUGCUUCCUCGCAUGGAGCACACGAAGGCCAGGAUCACAUCUAUAUUCGGAAGUAUCCUGAAAAUGGACUCCACCAAGAAGAUGACCAAGAAGCUUGCAGGUGAAGCCGCGGGAACGGCCGCCUGGGUCACCAACGUCGGCAACGAGCUGGGCCAGGUGCUCAUGUCGGUGGUGACGGCGGCAGAGGGGGACGGUCUGCUGGCCAUGGCCCGGGGACUCAUGCGCCGCUACCGGGAGGCCGGGCGAGACCCUCCUCUCGUGCUCUACGUGGAUCGUGACUGCUGCUGCUCCGCCGCCGGACAGCCUAAGGUGGCGGCUACGUUCGGCGAGUGGGACCGGCUGCUGGUGCGCCUGGACGUGUGGCACCUCAUGCGCCGCUUUUCCAGCGGCGUUACCACAGAGGCCCACACGCUCUAUGGCGAAUUCAUGAAUAGACUCUCGGUUGCCAUGUUUGAGUGGGACGAGGGGGACGUGAGGCGUCUGAGUGAGGCUAAGCGGGCAGAGCAUGGCGGGAACGCCCACGUCCGGCCGUCGGCCAAGGAGCUGCACCGUCACUGCCGCCGGCGCACCAGAGGAGCGGAGGAGACCAAGCGUCUUGUCCGGGAGGUGCUGGAUCACCUGUGGGAUGCCAAAGACACAAUGGGCGUCAAGCUGUUGGACCAGGACAGAAUGAAGGAGAUCUGGAACACUCAGCAACGCCACUUGGGCUGCAUCCAGGACCCGCCUGGCGUGGCGCUCUAUACCAGAACUUCCACAGUGACCAGAGGAGGGGUGGCUCUUCCCGUCUUCCGCUGUGCACGGGGCUCCACCUCUCUGGAAAGCUUCCAUCUGCACUUGUGCCGUUUCAUUCCAGGUACGUCGGCCAACGCCCUCCAUUUCCAGGUUUACCUCCUGGAGGGUCUGUGUAGGUGGAACGAGGACCGAGGAAAAGCGGCGGUGAAAGGGACCGAUGCUGUCACGGUGCAGUGCUAUGACGCCAGUCUGCAAGACGCCCUCGCGCGGCUGACACAGCGGCUCAUGGGUGUCACGCUGGUUGACAAUUACACCCCGGCGAGCAAGUACACAGGAGAGCUCAUUGGCAUCCAGUACCUGUAUGCCCAGACUGGCGCCGUGCUGCAGUCCCACGCCGUGGAUGAUCCGGACCAGCCUGAUGACUCAGCUGACCUGAAAGACGAGCAGGAGGACGAAGACCAACUUGAGGAUGAUGAGGGUUACGACGACGCGCCAGUGGGAGUCGAGCAGUAUCCAGGCCUUUCCUUCCCUCCCGAUGAUGAGCAGCGGGCAGAAGAGAAGGAAGAAGAUGUGUUGGGUCCAGACGGGAACGGCGGAUACCAGCAUGUCUGUCGCUUGGCCACCGCCCUUGUUGCGCUGCGGCACCGAAUGUUUGUGCAGCCUCGGCAGGAGAGGCAUAUUAUCGAACUUUGGCAAAAGCUGACAGACGUAGACAAAGCUCCCCUCAGCCUUCCCCCCCGCCACGCUCCCAAGCUGAACAAGGGACGCUUCAAGGUCUCCAGGCAGCACCACUUGGAAGGGGUGGCCAGUGUAAAACGUUUGUACAUCGGGCGGGGCGCCGAGGUUGCGCACUCUCCGGACACAAGCAGGUUGAUGGAGGCCGUCUUUAUUCAGCUGUCGAGCCACCACAGCCAAGAGCACAUCAUUUCGGGGUUCCGGCAGAGCCGAUGGUCGCUGAUAAUGCGGGACUACACGCGCAUUCGCGAGAACCUGUCCAGCAACCGGGCCAUCAAAGCUGCUGGCUGCAGCAUUCGCCUCUUGGAGGUCAACCACCGCACGCUCACUCUAUGGUUCAACAAGCGGUGUAAGGACAUGGCCAAGGCUGAUGUUGUUGCGACGGUGCCAGCACAAAGUGGAGCAGCGACGACAACACAGUCCCUUCCUGCAGCCAGGGAACUGAUGGAAGACAUCGCACAACCCCAUGAUGCACACGACUAUCAGCACCCAGCUGACACCUCUGGCCUGGCUUGCACACGGAGGGGGCCUGUGGUGCCAGAACUCUACCAUGCUGUUGUUGCUGCUGCUGCUGCUGCUCCUCCAUCAUCAUCAUCAUCAUCAUCCGCUGCUGCUCCUCCAUCAUCAUCCGCUGCAGCUGCUCUUCCUCCUCCUCCUCCUCCUCCUCCAUCAUCCUCUGCUGCUGCUGCUCCUCCUCCAUCGGGCUCCACCACCAGGGUACCACGCUCAACUGCUUGGUAUCGGAAAAAGAAGGCACUCAGCUUAGGUGGUAUUAUGGACAUCAACGACCUCAAGCGAACCGAGACAUUCAAGUGCAAACUCUGUGGGCAACCAAAGAAUAAAGAACAUGGCCACAGUCGCUACAGAAACGAGACCUUUUGCGCACGUUCGCAGGGGCGUUCGGUGGAGGAGUGGCUGGCUGAGAAGAGGAGCCAGGACACCCAAAGACAGAGGCAGACCCAGCACACAAGAGCAACCCAGCCACUUGCCAACCCACAGACCCCUGUGCCCAACCCACAGACCCCUGUACCCAUCCCACAGACCCCUGUACCCAACCCAUACGCCCAUUCAAUGCUGCUGCUGCGGAAGAUUUUACCAAAGCCACCUCCGUAACCUUAAUUGGCCCUCUGUUUUUGGCAUUGUUCCUUUUCUACUGCUUUUGCAUUGUAUAGUUUUGUUAUUUAUAGUUUUGUUAUUGUAUAUUGUCUAUGUUUGCUCUGUGAAUUAAACAUGUGAUUUAAAUGAU